UAUUUGAUAAGCUUUUAAUAAAAAAAAUAAAAUAAAUACACAGAAAAUCGCUUAGUCUGCGCAAAGAUAUAAGAGUCGAGCGUUUUUUUUUUACAUUUUAAUUUCAAACAAAAGGGUUUAAGUGUGUUUGUUACACGCGUUUGUUUCGAAUAAAAUCUUUUGCCUUCGAAAGGGCCGUUUCGCGAAAACUAUGUGUUGCAGUUUAGUUGGCCAUUACAAAUUGCACUGUUAACACACGACGUUGUGUUCGUUUUCUCGGUUGCUGUUAGACUGACGGAGGCGUAUGAAUUUGCCGUCGAAGAUUGAAUAUGGAAUGGAUACGGCAACGUCUGAAGUGUUGUUGCUGAGCGAAGACGACAGCGGCUUGCUGGUUAAUUGCUCGUACUUAAACAGCUCGGGCAGCUGUACCAGCUGCGAAAUUCGUUCGUUGAGUAUUCAUAAGGACAAAGGCGGUGGUGACGACGACGAUGAUUUAUCGUUAUGUAAAGACGAAUCUCUUGUCGAUGACUCUGGUUCGUCGUCGCUCAAUCAACAUUUCGGUACUUUGAAAAAAUGUCCGAUUGUCCAAAAGCCCACAAAUGCGAUCAAGCCUCCAGUGGAAUUUCAAGACUUGCCGUGCAGUUUCGUUGACCUUUACUCGCCACCAUUGGCCUUCAAAGACAAUGAAUGUAGCUACAGUAAAUCACCCGUGUACACCAACGACUGUGUUGUCCGCGUCGAGAGAUAUGCUGAGGGUUUUGUGAGAUCGUUAAUCAACGAUUCAUUGAAAAACCUGUGUCCAGUGAACGAUAGCGGCUAUUUAAAACAACCAAGACUGUAUCGUGAUUUGGGAGUUUAUUGGAAAACGAAUUAUCAUCGCCCGCUUUCGAAUGGAUCACACAAUUCCUUGAUGUCGACGAUAUCGUCGUCUCACAAUUCUCUAUUGAAUGUCGGCUCCUCGGACGAUUCAAAUUUUAUCUCUUCGGCCGUUUCACACGAAGCUCUGAACAGCAAUACAUGUACAUUGCCGAUUGACAGUUCGGCUUUUAACAUCGCCUUUCGACGGCCUCUGCGAAAGAAACGAAAAUUACGUCGCCAAAGUCGUUCUGUGUCUCCCAGUAAAAAGCAAAAUGAAAAAUGUAUCAACGUUGAAGAAGAGGAAAAAGAAGAACCUAUUCAUAUGACCCUUAAAGACGUGAGGACUAUACUUCACAAUUAUUUUACCAAUUCGGCAGAAUGUAGUAAACCUGUCGAACACAUAAACGUAUCAAAGUGUACAGACAAUGACGUUCAUAACAAAGAAAAUUGCGUCGGCAAAGUGUCGGCGUCGAAAUGUAAACUCAGAAAACACACGUUUCCGGUGAACACCAAGUAUAAAAAGACCAAAGACGACGCAUCAGACGAUACCAACGGUUGCGGCGCCAGCAACACGCCGAGGAAGAUAUUUUGUUCGUCGUCAUUUGUACCGUCUUCGAAAUCAAACUUUUCGUUUAGCCUAAAACAAACGUUUUGUAAUAUAUUUCGAUCACGCAAGAACGCCACAUCGGACUCUGACCCCGGUUCCAAUCUCGCAGACACUGUUGUCCUUUUGGACGUGACAAAAGGAACGUCGAUCGAGAAACGGGCUCUGCCGCCAGUGCCCAACGAUGGGCCCAAGGACACGUACGUGCGUGAGGCCAGCAUGGACUUUGCCACUAGCAUAGAAAAAGUCAAAGACUACGGCUGGUAUUGGGGACCGAUAUCGGGCGAAGCAGCAGAGAAAAUCCUGUCUUGUGAACCGGACGGCUCGUUCAUUGUGCGCGACAGCAGCGACGAUCAUUAUAUAUUCUCGUUGACUUUCAAGUUGAACGGUUUCGUUCGACACGUCCGGAUCGAUCACGACCACGGUAAUUUUAGUUUUGGCAGCUGUACGAAAUUCAAAAGCCACACAAUCGUCGAGUUUGUCGAAAACGCCGUGGAACAUUCGCGCAGCGGACGGUAUUUAUUUUUUUUGCACAGACGGCCGGUACUGGGACCGAUGAGAGUUCAGCUUCUUCAUCCGGUGUCUCGUUUCAAACAAGUCCAAAGCUUACAACACAUGUGCAGAUUCGUCAUAUUGAAGACGAUCAGACGAGAUUUGAUCAUCGAGUUGCCAUUGCCACGUCGUCUAGUCGAUUACUUGAACACUCCGCAUUAUUACUGUGAACAACUCGGCGUAAAAGAAAACGCCAACACCCUGAAUCGUACACCGGCCGUACACUUAAUAUCGUUUACGACGUCUUAGAGUUACAUAUUAUAAUACUUUUGGUGGCUCUCAUAGUUGCCACUUUUCAGAGAAUACAUGUAGGAGAAAUCCAAGACUAUCCUUUUUUUUUUUUAUUAAGUUUCUAUCUAUAAGAACCUUAUUUUUCUUUCCAUUCGAUAUUGUGUUAUUAUUUUCGAUAAUAUUUCCUUUUCGCUUUAAAAACGCAAAUACAUAUUACAAUUUAAACUAAAAAAUCUCUUUUACAUCAGAAAUUUUAAUAAACCAUUUAAAUAUAGUUAUAAGUCCGUAACAAUUUUACUUUUUGCAUUGCUUAAUUUGUGUUAGUCCGAAUAAUCUCUCGGCUGUACUUAAAAUGGUCCAACCUCGAUUGACGUUAGUGUUUUUAUUUAGUCGUAUUAUAAAAAACUAUUAGUUGUUCUAAGUUCUAAACUGUAUUUAAUGUGCAUUUAAUAUUUGUGUUCUUACAGUAGUAAUAAUUUGUAUUUAAAAUGUUGACAAUUCGGUGUUUAAACGUACACGUAGUUUGUAUGUCGUUUAAAUAUAAUUAAAAACGACAGCAAAUUUGAGUACAUCAAUACAAAAGAAUUUAACACGUGUUUUAACUAUUUUAUUUAGCGACGUUAUUGAGAAACUAGAAAAACUAAUUACUCGAAACAAAAAAAAAAGAGUGAACCGUUUCGAUAGUUUUAAAUAAUUAUAUGUAUUUUUUUUUUUGUUUCGUUACCUAUUUUUAAGUAACUAAUUGUGAUUUUAGAAUUAAACUUAAUAUUAUUUAUAGGUAUAUAUAUAAAUGUAUAUGUACAUAAAUGUUAUUAUUUGAAGAAAAAAAA